UAAAAGCAGGCAUCUUUCUUUUCCUUGGCGGCAAAAGUGGAAACAGAACCCCUUUUAUAUUGAUUUUUAGGCAGUGGGGUGAGAACUGAGAUUCCAUUGCACUGCGAGAGAGAAGAUGGACGGCAGGAUGGGCCCAAAAAUUGCACAGUUAGCCCAAGUCCACGAAGAAGAAUAGGACGGCCGCAUAACUCCUCAGGCAUCAACUAUCUUGUGCUAGUCGUUCUUCGAUUCUUGUACGCAGACGGGCGACGGCAGAUACGGAGUGACGGAGACACCCACCGCCACCGGCCACCGGAUACCGGCCACCUCCCACCGCCCAGUCGCCCACCGGCUAGUCUGCUACCGCCUACCGCCUACCGCACGGCUGCACCGCCACUGCCCAGUGCCCACUUGGCCACUUGCCACACGUCUACAACCAGGUUUUUUCACAGGGCAUCCAUUUACUCAGGACCGGCCCUGAUGGACGGUAUGACGGCGAGGGUGGAGAAGCAGGUGCUGCUUUUCCACUGUGUAGAGAUGGAAGACCUGGCUCGCAAUGUCGCUUCACAAUCUCCUUCUAUUCAACUACAAUCCAUUAACUGGAGGAGUUUCGAUGAUGGCUUUCCCAAUCUUUUUAUAAACAAUGCGCAAAACAUUAGAGGACAGCAUGUUGCAUUUCUGGCAUCUUUCAGCUCACCAGCAGUGAUCUUUGAGCAGCUCUCUGUCAUAUUUGCACUCCCAAGGCUUUUUGUUGCUUCUUUCACAUUGGUGUUGCCUUUCUUCCCAACGGGUUCCUUUGAGAGGAUGGAAGAGGAGGGGGAUGUAGCCACUGCAUUUACUAUGGCAAGAAUAUUGUCCAAUAUUCCCAUUUCAAGAGGUGGCCCCACCAGCUUAGUCAUCUAUGACAUCCAUGCCUUGCAGGAAAGGUUUUACUUUGGAGACCAAGUUUUGCCUUUAUUUGAGACUGGAAUUCCAUUAUUAAAACAACGUCUUCUGAAGCUUCCAAAACAUGAUAAAAUAGUUGUUGCAUUCCCAGAUGAUGGAGCUUGGAAGCGGUUUUACAAGCAAUUUAGCAACUACCCUGCUGUUAUAUGCACAAAGGUUCGUGAAGGUGAUAAGAGGAUUGUCAGACUAAAAGAAGGCAAUCCCGAAGGUUGUCAUGUGAUCAUCGUUGAUGAUUUGGUGCAAUCUGGAGGUACUCUAAUUGAGUGCCAGAAAGUGUUGGCAGCCCAUGGUGCAGCAAAGGUGAGUGCUUAUGUCACCCAUGGUGUUUUCCCUAAGCGGUCAUGGGAGCGCUUCCUGCACAAGGAUGGAGGAGGCUCAGAGAAAGCAUUUACCCACUUUUGGAUCACCGAUUCAUGCCCAUUCACUGUAAAUGCCAUUGCCAACAAAGCUCCAUUUGAAGUGUUAAGUCUGGCUGGAUCUAUUGCCGAUGCUCUUCAAAUAUGAUUGAAUACAACCAGCUUAAACGUUUGCAACUGGAGUAGAGUUCAGGAACUGUGGACCUUGCUAUUUUCUUUCUCUCCUUAACUAGUCCCUUCUUUUUAUGGAUUAAUCCCUUCUUUUUAUGGAUCUUAUUUUACGCUGUAAUAAGUUAACAUAUGCCCUUAUUAGUCAUUAAUUUUUUUUUCCUGCAUAUCAAGAAUUUUCACUUCGUUGUGCUCAGUGAAUUUUUUUGUUCUGUUUAUUUUUGUUUUGGGUACUCUCUUGGCGUUUAGCACUUUU